GCGUCUCACCAGCGUCCAGUGUUUCGGGAUGAGAUCCGGUCCGGUCUUUACCGCAGACCUCAGUUCACCGUUACCGCAGCAUCCGUAUAAACUGCCUUCAAAUCCAGUCGUACACAGCACUUUUCACUCACUUUCUUCACCUAACCGUGACAUUCUCCUCCAAUUUAUCUGUGAUUUACCUGCGGGGACCGAGCGGGAUGAAAAACCUUUAACCGCGACUAACGUUACAGCUCCGCUUAUUCUCAGCAUCGGGUUUCUUCUGCGCCAAGAAAUGAUGUGGACACCGAACCGCUGGUGAAAGCGCUCAAUAGUUUGGCUGCACAAGGAUUCACUGGUCAUGCUGUGCUUUGGAGGGGCGAGAAAAGACACUAAAUAAGAAAGGACGAGAGAGUCGAGAGAGAGAGGAGAAGGUAGACAGCAGCCGCUAUCAUGUCUCGUCAUCAAAGCCGAGCCACCAGCCUGGAGGAGAAGGGAGCCACACCCAUCCACAAGAGCUCCACCCCCUCACACAAGAGCUCCACCCCCACUCACAAGAGCGCAUCCUCUUCCUCUUCAUCUCAGAGAGACAGUCGACAGGAGAUGGAUAGUUGGGAAAUCAUCGAGGGGCUAAGGAUUGGGCAAACUCAUGUCCAGAGGCCAGAGAAACAUGAAGGUUUUAUGCUGAAGAAGAGGAAAUGGCCUCUAAAGGGCUGGCACAAGCGAUUUUUCGUUUUAGACAACGGGAUCCUGAAGUACUCCAAAUCUCCUGUAGAUAUUCAGAAAGGAAAGCUUCACGGCAGUAUAGAUGUGGGUCUGUCUGUGAUGUCCAUCAAGAAAAGAGCUCGCCGCAUAGAUCUGGACACAGAAGAACACAUUUACCAUCUGAAGGUGAAGUCUCCAGAUGUUUUUGACAUCUGGGUGUGCAAGCUGCGUCACCAUCGUUUGUUCCGUCAGAACGAGAUUGUUCGCUCUCCUCGUGAUGCUUCAUUACGGACCUUCCCUCCGUCUGCCAGCUCAGAGUCACCCCAGAACACCCCUUCCAGCGCACACAAAAACAAGCAGGGUAAACCCAGUAGUCUUUCCUGGCAGCUGCCGCCAUCCUGUAGUAAUGGACAGAGUAAAGUGGCAGCCUGGUUACAGGAGUCGGAGGAGAUGGACAAGUGUGCAGAAGAACUUGCCUACUGCCAGUCUAGUCUUUUAGAAUUGAGUCAACUGCUGCAAAGUCUGGAGAUCUUACAAAGGACACAGUCAGCUCCCAACUUCAUCGACAUGAAGAGUAACUGUGUAGAUUUGACAAAGAAAGAAAAGCGAGUCAGCAGAAGAUGGAGGACUAAAAGUGUCAGCAAAGAUGCAAAAUUGCAACAGCAGGUCCAGUCACUUCCCCAGUCACACAGUGCUAAUGUUCCCCUGAGUGCAAGUAUGUCUCAAGUGCGUCUCCACUCCUCUAAUCCAAACCUAUGUGCAGAGUUGGCUGAUUUUCAAACCCCGGUCACACGUCUGACUGACAGUAUCGACAGCGCCAGUGACUACAUCAAACUGCAGGAAGAUUUCUGCAUAAUUGCACAAAAAGUGCACUCUCUUCUGAAGUCUGCCUUCAACACGGUGGCCAUAGAGAAAGAGAAGAUUAAACAGGUGUUGUUGCAACAGGAGCAGACCGGCCAAUCAAAUCAGAUUAUAACCCUCCGCCGCUCCCUGUCACAGGCCUUGUCCCAGAAUGUUGAGCUCAAGACCCGUCUGAACCGAAUCCACUCUGAGUCGGUUCUGUCUGACCAGGUCGUCAGUGUGAACAUCAUCAGCAGUCCCGACGAGGCAGGUGACCCGCUCCAAGUGGGCAUCCCUCUCUCUCAGCAAGUGUCCAAUGAGAGCAGACUCUCCAUGUCAGAGUCAGUGUCUGAGUUCUUCGAUGCUCAAGAGGUGCUUCUGUCCGCUAGUUCAUCAGAGAAUGAGGCCUCUGAUGACGAGUCUUACAUCAGCGAUGUGAGUGAUAACAUUUCAGAGGACAACGCCAGCGUCACAGAUAACGUUUCCAGACAGAUGCCUAAUGGUGAUCUGGCCAGUGGUGCGUUUCGUAACGGCAGACGUACAUAUCUCCCUGCUCCCGCCCCUGACACUUCCAACAUUAACCUGUGGAACAUCCUGAAGAACAACAUCGGGAAAGACCUGUCGAAAGUGUCCAUGCCAGUGGAGCUGAAUGAGCCCCUGAACACACUGCAGCACAUGUGUGAGGAGCUGGAGUACACAGAGCUACUGGAUAAAGCAGCUCAAACCGACGACCCCUAUGAACGCAUGGCAAUCGUUGCCGCGUUUGCAGUUUCAGGAUAUUCCUCCACAUAUUAUAGAGCGGGCAGCAAACCCUUUAACCCCCUUCUGGGGGAAACGUAUGAAUGUAUCCGUGAAGACAAAGGAUUCUGCUUCUUUUCUGAACAGGUGAGCCACCAUCCGCCCAUCUCCGCUUGUCACUGUGAGUCACAGAACUUCACCUUCUGGCAGGACGUCAGAUGGAAGAAUAAGUUUUGGGGGAAGUCUAUGGAGAUUCUUCCCAUCGGAACAGUGAAUGUCAUGCUGCCCAGUUAUGGUGAUCACUAUGAGUGGAACAAGGUGACGACGUGCGUCCACAACAUUCUGAGUGGGAGGCGAUGGAUCGAACAUUAUGGCGAGGUCACGAUCAGAAACACCCGCAACACUACCUGCAUCUGCAAACUUACCUUUGUUAAGGGAAACUACUGGAGCUCGAAUGUGAAUGAGGUGCAGGGAUCAGUGAUGGACCAGGAGGGGAAAGUCAUUCACAGACUGUUUGGGAAAUGGCAUGAGGGUCUGUACUGUGGAGUCCCUCCUUCAGCCAAAUGCAUCUGGAGACCAGGGUCUAUGCCUACGGAUUAUGAGCUGUACUACGGCUUCAGCAGGUUUGCCAUAGAGCUCAAUGAGCUCUGCCCUGAGCUGAAGGAGCUGCUGCCACCAACAGAUGCUCGAUUCAGGCCGGACCAGAGGUAUCUGGAGGAAGGAAAUGUCCAGAUGGCAGCAGCUGAGAAACAAAGAAUCGAAGAGCAGCAGAGAAACAGGAGGAAGUGGCUGGAGGAGAACAACAUCAAACACCAGCCGCGAUUCUUCAAGAAGGUUAUGGACAGUAACCAGAGGGAGAGAUGGGUGUCUAACAACACAUACUGGGAACUGCGCAAGGACCUUGGCUUCCUCAAACUAGAAAACCCUGAGCUGUGGUAGAUCCAGAUACCUGUGCUGAUGACGCCUUCACUGCUGACUGCAGAUGCUUACUAUGCAGAACAGGAGCAGCCUGGGACUUCCCUCUAGAUUUGGAUUUUAUGUCCAGAAAUGGACUGAAAAAAAAAAAAGACUCUCUCCACAUCACUUCGGCAGGCUCCGCCUCCAUAGUCUCCCUCUCCAUAGUAACAGAGAGACAGCGCUGUUGUCAGGGCAACAGUGAGAGCUGUAGAGCUGUUCACAUGAAGCCGUUUGUGCUUCCUGUUAAGUCCUUGCCUUAAGAAGUCGCUUCUCAACAACAAAGUUUUACGCUUUUAGUGAAAUUCCCUCAACUUCUUGGUUUAGAUGGACUGAAUUUGCUCUUGGUUACAUUCUGCAUGUGUAGAUGGCAGCUUUCAUCGGCAAUAUGUUUCACAAACUCGUCAAAACUACAUUUAGACAAUUUUAGCUGUAUUUUUGUAAACGACCAAAAGAAGGGAAUUGCUUUGGAAGUUAAAGCUGUGCCGUGACUGAAGUCGAACUGUCCCUCCUCAUAUUCGACGGCUCAGUGUGCACCAUGUGCUGAACGUGUGACAGUUUUAUAAUUGUGCACUCCAAACCCUUUCAAACCCUUCCAAAGAAUCAAGCCUGAAAGAGAAUUCCUGGAGCCAGCCUGCAACACUGUGCAGAAGACGUCCCAGGACUUAGCCCUCACAGACCCCUGCAUCUCUGUAUCAUUAGUGCUCUUUAAAGCAAGAGUGUGACAUUUAUGCACCACUAAUGGCACCAAAUCAAAUUCAGGAAAUGAUUUUUUCCAAGCAGGUUCUACAAGCACUUGCCACCUUCAGAAAAACUAGCCAGUGCCCUGCGAAACCCAA